GUUUGGCGUGUGGUCUGUGGUUGCGUGACUGUGCAAGCAAUACAGUCCCACAUCUGCUUUUCCGUGCUGGAAGUGGCUUUGUUUGCUCAUGGUUUGCGACCAUUCAUCCCACCCAGCGAAAAUUGUUCCCAGCGAGCGGGGCUUGGUUGCACUGGGGCGUGCGUUGAUGAUGUGUCGCAUAUUGGUGGGGUUGUUGUUGUCGGCGGUGUGUUACCAACCACCUGAGUGCACCAUCACAAGACAACAGCCGUGUGUGUGUGCGGGUGCGUGCUUUUGCCUGUUGUGUGUCAUUUGUGCAAAUGCGUGACAAACCGACGAUAUCGCCAACCACGCCUGACAAGAAGUGCGGUCAGAGAGGCGGAUGCGCUGCUUGUUUGCUUGUCAAUUGGUUUUGCAGUCCUUUGCUCCCCAUGGCCGACGACGUGCCUCACCACCACCACAACAACAACAGCAACAGCAGCAGCAAGAACAACAGCAGUAAGAACAGCAGCAGCAGGAGCAGCAGCAUCGUUGUCCUCUUCCCCAUCAACCUUCUUGGUGCCAGAACAGUGCUGUGGGUGCUGUUGUGUGUGGUGCACCACCUACCUUUGCACCCACCAUCCGAUGGCACCUGCUUUCCCCUCCAACGCCUCCACAGCACCAGUGUAAUAAAACACACGACGAUGGACACCCACACACCCACAACAAUCACUAUCACUCGGCAUGGCGAUUCGUCCGCGGCCCAGCAACACCAACAACAACAACAACAGCAACACCAACAACAACAACAACAGCACCAACAACAACAACAACAGCAACACCAACAACAACAACAGCACCAACACCAACACCAACAACAACAACAACAACAACAACAACACCAACAACAGUUUGCUCCGGACGAAGGCACCGACGACACAGGCAAGACCAGGAAUGGACCUCCGUCGCCACAGCCUCGCUCGUGGUGCCCUCAUUCGCCCUCAUCUCCAAUGGUGCCAUCACCAUCACCACCAUCACCACCACUGCCAUCGCCUCCAGGACGCCAUGACCCAACCCCCACGCGAAGCCACGACGCCAACCUGGACGCCACUUCCACCAACCACACCAACCGCACCAACCUCGUUGUUGUGAGCACCAAGCAAAUGCCUCGCAUGCCAGCAACCCCACAGCAGAGAGCAGAAGUGAGAGAAGCAAUGGAAGGCCGCAGUGCUCGUCAGCACAUCAAAGCGCCAACAACACCCACUGUUCACACCUGCACCUCCCAUGGUCACUGCCACGCACAACUCCAACCACCACGGUCGUCACGUUGCACCAAGGCCAUCGACUUUGCACCAAGCGGCACACACACAAUCCUCGUCCAACCACGACCACAAGUGCAAACGCAAAAGCAGCAGCAACAGCAGCAACAACAGUACACACCCUCGCUUGUCCAGCAGCGGGGUGUGUACACCCUGCGACUCUCGUCAUCCUCAGACCUGACGUCUUCCUCUUCCACCGACACUGACACCCUAUGCGACGCCGCUGAGCGGUCUCCUUCGCCCCAAACGCAUCUGUUGAGACAGCUGCUCACACCAAGCCAGUCGCACGUUGCGGCCAUGGCGUCAGAGCUCGUGCUUCCUCCACCAGCGUCCGCGUGUGGCAGCAGCGAUGAUGGUGAUGAUGAUGAUGACAGCGACCACGACAGUGAGGGUCAGGUUCACGACGGGCAAGGCGAAGCAGCGCAGCCGUUCCUCCACGUCCAACACCAGCACGGUCACAACGGUAUCAUGAACAAGAACACGUGCGACAAGAACAAGACCACCCGCCACCGCCGCCUUCUUCACCACCACCAAGUCAGCCACGGCAGCAGCAGAAUUCAUCGCGGCAAGGAGGAGCGGCAAACGAGAGUGGCACCCACCCCAAACUUCAGCGACACCGACACCGACAGUGACAGCGACGAAGAAGAAGACACGGACGAUGACGACGACCGUGAUGUCAGUGAGUACUGUGGCACAGUGUGGAACAGCCACCCCUUUGAUGAUAUCCGCAGCCUGAGCAACACAAAACCCAGCGACGAUGAUGAUGAUGAUGAUGAUGAUGAUGAUGAUGAUGAUGAUGAUGAUGAUGAUGAUGAUGAUGAUGAUGGGGUGAAUUUGGGGUACAGGGACUUUGAUGAAGCGUAUGAGUGCGAGACACAUGCCGACUUCCGGCUCGCGAGACGAGAGGAACGUCCCACCAUGUGGUGCUUCGUGUGCCUGCAGGACUUUGACAACACACCGGAGACAAUCGUGCGCUGCUGCCGCAGUGGCCACUGCACGGUGUGCUGCGACUGCUUGCUGCACUUUCUCCUCUUCCACGACGUCAACAGGUCCCUCCACCACAUGCAGUGUCCAGGCACGUGCCGUACCACCAUCAACCUGCCGACCUUGCUUGAAAGCACGCCGUGCCUUGAUCCCGACACCAAGGAAUACUACUUCUUCGCCCUCUCCAACCACAAGCACCAAAGCCUUCGCAUCUGCCCACGUUGCCUGCGUGCAUCGCACGGCAGCCACCGCCAUCCCCGUAUCACAUGCCAGCAUUGCGAGUGCACGUUCUGCUUUCACCACGGCGUGGAGUUGACUGGCCGCUGUCGCGCGUGUUCACCACCCCUCCUCCAAACCAUUCGCACCCGCUUGUACCUGUGGAGGAAAACACGCAAGUGCCCCAAGUGUGGCCUGAGGUUGCAGGCGCCACACGGUUGCACAUAUGCGCAGUGCACCUGUGGCCAGUGCUUGUGCUGGCACUGCGGAAAGCCCUACCACCCGAUGCGCCAUGGCCGCGAGUUGUUUCCGCCUGUCCAUCGGCUGCGAGAGCAGUGCAAUGACUCAUCGUUGUGGUUGAGGCGCGCUGCCGUGUUCAUGUGUGCGCCACCAGCACUCGUGCUUGUUGGUCUCUCAACCCUGAUUGCAAGUCCGUUCAUCGCCACCUACCGCAUCGGGAGAUGCCUUUGCGGCGGGUGCUGUGAGAAUGGUGAUGACCGCCGUCUCCGUCGUGGCCGCGCCAGUUUUGCAGCCGAGGAGGUCUCGUGUCAAUCCCUUCCCGGCAGAUCAUGACACCGCUUUUGUGUGCAACGAUCCCUCACUUUGUGCUGCUGCAUCGCUGUACGUCUGCUAGCGCUACACUCAAGAUUCCUCUCGACGGAUACGCGUCAGCGUUUCCACCGGCCUCGUCGCUUCAGACGUUUGGUGUGCUAUGCCACCUGUUACAAUCCCUUAAACCCUUGUUACAUUGCACGAGACAGGGCGCACUCUUCUCCCUCGCCUCGCUCGGCUGCUGGUUUCUCCCCUCGUUACAAUCAGGCUCUUGUUGUUACUUUUGCAGAUUUGCACUGGGGUCUGUGACCCGCGCCAGUGAACCUUGGCGGUGUGCGAACGCAUUGUUCUCAUCAUCUCCACUGACUUCACACACGUGUUCUCUUCCCGCCCAAAACGACGUUGUUACCACUGCAUGUGUUUCGCACCUCUCGUCCUCUGUGUUAAUUACUAUUGUUGGGGUUUGAUUCAGCUAGUCAGCUUAAAGUUCUGAAGUUGCAUGCAACACUUUACUACGAAACCUUGAGCGACUGUUUCCCCUUCCUAUCUUGCUUGCUCCCUGCGCACGCUUGGCGUGAUGUCACUUAACCUCCCCUCCCCCCUUUUGUUUUGUGGUUCUUCCACCACAUUGCUUGGUCCUUUUUCCACUUUCUUCAUGGUGUUCCACCGCCACAACGUUUGUUGCCUCGCGUGGUGACAUUCUGCAUUCGUGUUCUUGUGUCCGGACGGAAGCUGGCUUCUCACUUGCCGAACCAGCCAAUCCCCUACCCGCUCGCUUACAUUCAUGCACAUUCGAGUGUAUGGUUACGCUUGUUGGCAAGUCAGACUUUUUUUUUUUUUUUGCUUGUUUCGGUGCUCACAAGGCCGGUAUCAUUCUUCUUUGAGACUUUGGCCUUUGACACCAACUCCCACUCCUGCAUUCUUUCCAAGAUUUCACACGUUGUUCAUGUUCUUCACAGCACUUCCACCACCUUUCUCUCCCAGCCUCACUUGUUCUCCAUCAUACGCAUCCCCUUCCUUCGUUGUUCUCUGUUCCCUCUUCUCUUGGUACACCCUCAACUCCCCUUACAUGUCCACGCGUCUCAUAUCUCUUCAUCGCUCCCCCGUGCUAUUCUCUACGAACCCUUCUCCUUGAUACUUUGCUGUCCUUUGCUCUCUCUAACUGAACAACUGCGUCACCCUCCCCUUCCCCCUUCUCUUCUCUUCUCUUCUUUCACCCUUCUAACUGCACAUCCCUCACUCCACUCUGAAUCAGCAACCUGUUAAAACCGCUGCUGAUGCUUUUGUUACAUCUGGUUUUGUCCUGUUCUUUGGUGUUUGGCUGUGGUCACUGCGGGAUGUCAUUGUUCUCGCAUCGGUCCUUGCUUGCUUGCAUGCACAGUUCAAACACCAUGUUUUACCGUUAUGAGCGCAGCCACAAGGUGGUGGUAUUGGCGAUGCGAAUGUUGUGCUUGCAAGCAAGCAACAUGGUUUUUUAUCGCCGACGCACUCCCUGUGAGCUCGCAUCUUGAAACCGUUACUUCCCACUUGCUUUUAAGUGCGCUUUCGUUGCGUUCUGUCUGCUGUUACAACUGCGUUGCUGCUUUGCUGUGUCGCUUGGUGCUGCUCUCAUCUCUCUGCACAGGCAACACACAACUCUUACUGAGGCAUGUGCAAUGCACACGUCGUUGAGUCAUGCGUGUUCUGUGCCGGCGGUGGCUUUUGCUUUGGCAUCGUUCUGUUGCUGUGCCAGUUUGUGCGUGUGCCG